AUCACGUGUUUAGUGGUUAUUAUAUCAGUGAAGAUCUACAGAUGGAGACAGUCUCGAGUUUUGUGUCACUCCAAUCUCCCUGUGAUUCCGUAUUAUCCACCACGUUACUCAGACACUUUGGGGACAGGGACUCUCCAACACGUGUACAACUACGAGGUGUGCAGGACGACUGACUCCAGAAAGAGUGACUGUAAGUUCGGCAGAGCCGGUAGUCAGAACGUGCUGAUAAUGGACCCCAGUUCUACAGGAACGAUGCAGCGGAUACAGAGUGAGAAGAGCAUCCUGGAUGAACCAGACUCUCCUCUAGAGGUUGGCACAUUUUAAUAGUUAUAAUGUUUAAUUGUAAUGCAAAUUGAAGUUGUGGUCCUGGUAUUCAAGGCAGCUGCUUAUCGUGGAAAUCAGAAGAUCACUAUUUAUAAAUACCUUAGAAUUUUAGGAAUUGCCACAAUAUUCCUGGAUGAACCAGACUCUCCUUUAGAGGUGCGUUAUUUGAUCCAUCAUUCUUUACACACAUCGCCAUGCUACAGUUACAAUGAUUUCUUAGACCACAGAUAUUUCUUGGUUUCAUGACUUGUCUCACUGCCUGCUCAGAGGGCAUGUUCAGCACCAAUAGUGAAGGACAGCUACUCUCUGUGUUGAGUUACUGUUUUGAGAAAGAGUCAGUGAGGAAAAUGCACACCCUAAAAGCCUAUGCUGAUGCAUUUAGUUUUUUUGGGUCGGUUGUAACGAAAAUGUCUGGACUUUUUGCUUCCAGCUCGUUUUUUUUUCUCUCUUUUAUUUCGUUGUGAAGGGAAAUAAUGAAAAUGAAAUAGUACAUUGUAAGUGUUUCCACGAAUCAAGUCUUGUACCUGUAUGCAUUUUGGUCUCCCAUUUUAUCUCUUCUUGUCACUUAAAACCAUUAUAAGUUACAUUUUGCUUAUUUUCACUCUGAACUGAUAUUCAAAUAGUUUUUCCCUGUCUUUUGUGACAUCACUUGUUAUUUCAUGUCUGACUCUACGGGCCGCUGUUGGUCUUUAAAACACAUGUGAAGUGUUUGAAAUACAGCUACACCUCCAGUACUUAUCUUAGUGUACCGGUGAGAGCAGCGCUUUCGGUCUUCAUUUUUGCUCAUGAUUUUUAUUAUAGGCUUCUAAUGAAUACUUGUCACUCUGUGACAGACAAAUGGAUAUUUAACUAUUUCUAUGAUGUUUCAAUUAAUCCAAACAUACCUUCGUAAAUAUUUUUGUUGUCAUGUUUUUCAAAUGUCUUUGUUGUGGUUGCCUCAGUGAGACUUCAUGUAGUUUGGUCAGUUGACCAGAGAGGGACGCUCUUGACCAUCGAGUUGCUCAUGAAGCAUUCGUUGCAGUACCUCCCCUAUACCUUAACAUAUUACAUAGAGACAGAGUUAACAGUCGGGACUGCCACGACAUAAGCCUGGACGGCACAAUGGGAUUUCUUUGUUCCACAAUUUAGGAUAAAUGCUUUCUUUGGGACCAUAUAACUGUAUCUUUAUGUCAAAAUCGUGAACCUGGGGCGAAGAAACUGAGGAUUUUCUAAUUUUCUUCACUGAAGUGUCGACCGGAACGAUGGGAUGGCAAGUGCUGUUGUUUAUCUCGCUGCUCUCUCUCAGUGUUGUGCACGGGCAAGUCAGCUACUUAAUUCCUGAGGAAAUGGCAAAGGGGGCUUUAAUAGGCAAUAUAGCCAAGGAUUUGGGUUUAGGUGUGGAAAGACUGAAGUCCGGUAAAGCUCGUAUUUAUACUGGUAACACUGAGGAAUAUAUUGAGCUGAAGAGAGAAAGAGGAGUCCUCCUUAUUAAAGGCAGAAUUGACAGAGAAGCUCUAUGCGGUCAAACAAUGCCAUGCGCACUCCAUUUUCAAAUGAUCCUGGAAAAUCCAAUGGAGUUUUACACGGUUACUGUCGAAAUUACCGACAUAAAUGACAACCCUCCGACGUUUGAAAAAAGUGAAAUGAAAUAUGAAAUUAGCGAAUCAGCUGUUACUGGAGCUCGAUUUGUCUUAGAGAAAGCAAUAGAUGAUGAUGUUGGUGUAAACGGUCUGGACAGCUACGCCCUGAAACCAAGCGAUAAUUUCGUUCUAAAAACCAUCAGCCGAGGUGAUGGAAGUAAACAUAUCGAGAUGGUUUUACAGAAACCAUUAGACCGAGAACAACAUGAGCAUAUAUCAUUAAUACUAACCGCUCUGGAUGGUGGUGAACCACAGCUUACGGGGACGAUGCAGAUUGUCAUAACUGUGAUGGACGCAAAUGACAACCCGCCCGUUUGUUCUAAACCGGAAUACAAAGCAGGCGUUACAGAGAAUGCUCCUGUUGGCACUGCAAUAACCACUGUAAGGGCUACAGACAUAGAUAAAGGCAAUAACGGAAUAGUAACAUACAUGAUUUCAAAAUCUGGAGCAGCAGGUCUCUUUGAAAUUGAUGCAAACAAUGGGUUAUUGACUCUGAUUGGAAAUGUAGAUUACGAAAAAAGGAGAAUUUAUGAGCUAGAUGUUAAAGUGUCCGAUCAGGGAGGAUUAUCAGACGCAUGUAAGGUGAUUGUGGACGUGACAGAUAUAAAUGAUAACCCUCCGACCAUUAAUAUCAUGUCUAACUCAAACACAGUAUCUGAGAACAUGAAACCGGGAACGGUUGUGACAAUGCUUAAUAUACAAGAUGCGGACUCGAAUGAUAACGGGAAAGUAAUGUGUGUUUUAAACGAAAAUAUUCCUUUUGCCAUUAAAUCAACAACAAAUAAUUUCUUUACGGUUAUGACAGACAGUGAAUUAGACAGAGAGACAGCCUCGAAGUAUAUUAUAACGGUGACCUGCUCUGAUGAGGGAGUACCCUCCCUCUCCAGCAGCGUCACUCUCACCUUACAGAUCUCUGAUGUG